AUGAGCGAUCUCUCUGCUUUCUCCUCUUCCAAGUAUGACUGGGAGCGCAAUCCCCGGCCACAUGCGCCGCCUGCUAUCACAAUCCCUCCAGUCGACGUUCCCAUCCAGUCCUCUCAUUUCUCUCCAGAGUCGCUUCACUCUCCCACUGCUUCACGCUCAUCAUCACAUCCUCCUACUCACCCUCCUUUUCACCCUCGUCACACUCGCUCGCAGUCCGCCUGGACGAAUACCGCCACCGUCAACUCCGUUUCACGGGAUCCCGAACUCGGCAAGACCUCCCCUCUGCACACACCCCACCUCCGCGACCGCUUCACCAAGAUGUUCUUCGACCUUAGGGUUCCAUCACAAGCCCCUGGACCUAAGGAGCAGUGGCCCCCCAUGCGCCAACCGCAUCUCCAGUCGUGGCCACCGCUCGAGAUCGAGAAACGAAGAUUCUGCCAUCACUGCCAGUCACACGACGACCGCAGGAGACGGCACAGGUUGUCGUCGCGGGGUUCAUCCAUCGCGCAGUCUACCGACCCCAACGCGCUUUCCGCCGACGCACAGCAGUGCUUGUCGCAGUUCACUCUCAAUGCGCCCACCGACCCGGACUCCUACCCUUGCUCAACAUGCUUGUCGACGCUCCAAACCGUACCUGCAAAUUUUACGUCGAGCAAUUCCCAAGACGGCCAGAACAUCAUGAACGCCAUCCAGUUCUGCGCGCUCAGGAGCGUCUUCGACAAUGCGAGUGGAGACGGGCAGACUGGGCUGUCGAACGGCGGGUGGGCCAAGGACGUACGCUUCUGCUCCUGGUCUGGGGUGCGGUGCGAUGGGUUUGGAAGGGUUUCUUCAAUACAACUCUCCUUCCCUGCCGUACCUGCGAAGAUCCCGGAUGAGCUCUCGGUUCUGACAGGAUUGACUAGCCUGCAAAUCGCCGGCGACUCCAACAUUCCAGCCGGCGAUUUCCCCGCUUCUUUCAAGUCACUAUCCUCGUUCGCAUCGUUAACCCUCGAAUCCACCGCGGUUGCCUCCAUCCCUUCGGGCUCAUUAUCGAAUCUGAGCACCCUUACACUGGUCAAGAACGCUCAGAUGGUUAUCAACAGCCAACAGCUGGCGACCAACCCCAUGCCUGCUCUGCUUUCGAGCUCAGCUGCACGGACGCUUCAAACUCUCGACCUCUCGUCCACCGGUCUGAGCGGCGCCCUCCCUGACGACCUCUCAGGCUUCAGCGCCCUCGUUGAGCUCCACCUGGACAACAACGCGCUUUCCGGCGCGCCGCCGUCCAAGUUCCCGUCCACACUGCAGGCCCUCACGCUCACGAACAACACGCAGCUCUCGGGCGCGGUCGCCACUGGCUCGUCGUUCUGCGCUCUCUCUGGCUUGCAGACGUGCGACGUGCGGAGCACCGGGUUGAGCGCGCAGGGCGCGUGCGGUCCGUGCACCUUUUCCACUGCUACCGUUGCGUUGACAUAG